AUGCGACCCUCUAACUCUCAACCACCACCAGGAGCGGCAUUACAGCAGCCCCCAACAGGAUCAAUUCUUCAACGUCAGAGUUCCAUUCUGAAAAAGGAAUCAGAAGCGAAUGGCCCCACUACAACAACGGGUGGGUCAGGUGCUCCGAGGGGUUCUGCACCUGUAUCUACUUCCGUCGGGACCAACGGUGCAGCAAAUCAGCCGGGCAGUAUCCGACCAUCAAAUGGUUAUCCAACUCAAGGUCCUAACCCUGCAGGGCAAUCAAAUGGAAGAGCUCCACCAUCAGCUGCCUAUCCAAAUCAAGGUCCUAACCCUGCAGGGCAAUCAAAUGGAAGAGCUCCACCAUCAGCUGCCUAUCCAAAUCAAAGCACUGCCCCAGUAAACCGUGUGUCACAGGGACCAGCAUCAACUGGUUAUCCAAAUCAAGGUCCUAACCCUGCAGGGCAAUCAAAUGGAAGAGCUCCACCAUCAGCUGCCUAUCCAAAUCAAAGCACUGCCCCAGUAAACCGUGUGUCACAGGGACCAGCAUCAACUGGUUAUCCAAAUCAAGCUCCUAACCCUGCAGGGCAAUCAAAUGGAAGAGCUCCACCACCAGCUGCCUAUCCAAAUCGUGGUGCUGGUAUGGGUGGUGUGGCCCCGAUGCAAAACAGGCCAGUGGGAGACAGCACGGGAUUGGGUCGACAAGGGUCAUUUAAACAAGAAGGUUCUUUCCGCGGUCCAGGGGCUUUUGGAAGUGCAUAUGCUAUGCCAGGUGCGAAUAGAGAUAGUUUCUAUGGUGGAUCAAAGUAUGGCAGUAUGGGCCCUGGUAUGGGUGGAAGUAUGUACGGUGCACCUGGAAUGGGUGGAAGUAUGUACGGUGCACCUGGAAUGGGUGGAAGCAUGUACGGUGGUGGAUCAAGGAUGGGCAGUAUGUAUGGUGCACCUGGAAUGGGUGGAAGUAUGUAUGGUGCACCUGGAAUGGGUGGAAGUAUGUAUGGUGCACCUGGCAUGGGUGGAAGUAUGUAUGGUGCACCUGGCAUGGGUGGAAGUAUGUAUGGUGGAUCGGCAUUUGGAAGUAUGGGAGGAAGUAUGUACGGUGGUCAGGGAAUCACAGCGCAGUGGGGAAGUUUGGCCAAUAUGAGCCGAAAUUCUUUAGGUGGGAGUAUGUAUCGCAACAGCAGUCAGAAUUUGAAUCUUAUAUGUCCCACUAUAUCCUCUAUUAAGGACCAUGUUGCACUACAACGAAGUGCCAAACGAGGUGGUAAAGUUACUACACUUGAGAGUAAAGAUGCCGAUGGUAAACCAAUAUCAACUGGCACAGCAGUUUCAUCACUUAUUGUUCGAAAAUCGAGCUUUGUGAAAACUGAGGAUGGGAAGGCAAAUACAUCUGAACGAGGGAUUACGAGGAUAAAUACAGCUGACCAAGGGAUCACGAAGGCAAAGGUUCCUGCAAAUUACAAUAUUCAUUCACUAAUUGUGGUUGAGAAGGGAGCUGAUCCAUCGAAGAAGGUAGUUGUUUCUGUCAAAAAUCCCAACACUAUCACGUUCAAAAGGGAAGACGGGAAAGAGGAGUCAUUUGAAAAUGAUGAGUGCCUUCUGCGUGAUAAGAAGUCAAGCACCAUAAACUCAGUACUUCUUCUUGAUCUUCAGUCCAAUUGGUUCGCUGGACACACCUCGGGACUCCUUAUUGGUGCAGGGAAAGGUUGUGGACAAGCAUCUGUGGAGUACACAAAAGCGUUUCUCGUGCAGUGUGUGGAAAAACUGGAGAAGGAGGAAAAAGAAAAGUCUACAACCUUUGAUAUCACUAUUACAAUGGGUAUGGUGGAAUCCUCUGACCGUAUUCGUGAUCUCCUUAACCCUGAUAAUAAAGACUAUGAAAAGAUGCAACUUGGUUCAAGUCCAGUAUUUGGACCUUGUCUAUGUGGUAUGAAAACAAAGACUGUAACUUCUUCAAAAGAGUUUGGAAAGGUGUUUGAUGAAGCUGUAAAACGCGGUGAAAAUGAGAAACACAUGAUUAUUGGUUUCUUUGUGCUCAAGCAGAUAAAGAAGAGCAGUACAGAAAAAGACAUCUACCUAUCCUCACUUGCUCUGGGAAUGGCCAGGGAGGAAACUUCACACUUAACUGGUCUAAGAGAGAAGAGCAAAUCAGAACCAUGUGUCCUGUUUCGCUACGCGGUGGGUGGUGCUAGUGUAACAGUAAGUGCAGUUCUUCUGUCAGAUCAAGAUUCUGAGUCACGUGGCUGUCUCGAGAUGGAGCGUAAAAUGCGAGAGAUAAAGAACACCCCACCUCGCAGUGGUAACAUCAGACGAUGCCUGGAGAUGACAAAUAAAGAGAUAAGCCGACAGAAGGAUAAGUUGGAAAAGGCCAGUGAGAGUGAGAAAAAGUCAAUUGAGCGUAUUGUGGAUCGAAUGAAAACUAUGGUGCAAGACUGUGAAGAAAUGAUUUCAAAACCGGAAAAGACAGCUCCGAAGGGAUACCCCAUGGCAUCAUAA